CAGUUAUUAAAAAAUAUUAUUAUUAUUUUGUUUUUGUUAUUAUUUACUUUCCAUUUCAUUUGACAUCCAACAGAUGGAUUGUUUACAUUCUCUCUCUCUCCAAAAAAUAAAAAAAAAUAUUACUACUAUUUAUUUACUUGAUUAUACGUAAUCUUUGCUAAAAAAUGUUCAAUUUAAUAAUAAAAAAUAAUCGUCAAAUUUAUUAAUUAAUUAGCUGACUUAUUAUUAUUAUUAUUUUUUUGUUAUUUUAGUUAAAAAUUUGAGGUUAUGAUGUCAUACGUAUGUUGACAUUUCAAUGUGACUCAUCAACCAUAUGUUUACAUGUAUUUUUUAAUAAUGAUUCUUAUCAUUAUGUGUCAUUAAAAUCAUGAGAUAAAUUAUACUGUCACACAUUGUCAGUUUUUAAUUAAUUUUUAAGAAAAUAUUGUUGAUAAUUUAAAACCAGUGAAAUUAAAUUAUAUUUAAUAUUUGUUAUUGUUUAUUAAGUAAAAUUUAAAAAGUUUAUAAAAAAUGGAGAGUAAUCCAAAUUAUGUUGAUAAUGUUUAUACUGAAAUUGUUCAACGUUUAUCAAAAAAACAAAAAUUCUCAUAUGGAGUUGGUCAUGUAUUGAAUGACAUUUGUGCUUCAAUGUGGUUUUCAUAUUUACUUGUAUUUUUUCAUUUUGUUUUGGGAUUUGAUCCAGUGUUAUCUGGUAUGUUAAUGUUGAUUGGACAAGUUGCUGAUGCAUUUGCAACACCAUUUGUUGGAUUACAAUCAGAUAGAAUUGAUGAUUUUUGGUUGUGCAGAUAUGGAAAAAGAAAAACAUGGCAUUUAACUGGAACAAUAUGUGUUGUUUUAUCAUUUCCAUUUAUAUUUUCAAAAUGUAUACAUUGUGGUGAUGCCAGUCAAUGGUCACAACUUGUUUAUUAUUCAGCAUUUGUUAUUAUAUUUCAAAUUGGUUGGGCAUCUGUUCAAAUAUCACAUCUUGCUUUGAUACCAGAUUUAACACCAACUGAACAUGAACGAACUGAAUUAACAGCAAUAAGAUAUACAUUUACAGUAUUUUCAAAUGUUUUUGUUUACAUAAUUGUAUGGGCAAUAUUACAUUUGACAAGUGACACUUCAUCAACAAGCCAAAUUGGUCCACAUGAUGCUAAUAAAUUUUUUCAAGUUGUUAUGAUUGGACUAACUGUUGGAAUAAUUUCAUCAGGUGUUUUUCAUAUAUUUGUCAAAGAAAUACCACACUCAACAUCUGGUCCAAUUACGAUUAAUCAUAGAUCAGUAUCAUCAUUUUUUAAUGAUCAAAAAUUUUAUCUUGUUGCUGGUGUUUAUAUGACAACAAGAUUAUUUGUUAAUAUUGCACAAAUUUGUGUACCACUUUAUCUUCAUGAAAGUUUAAAAAUGCCAGCAACAGCACUUGCAGUUAUACCAUUGAUUAUGUAUUUAAGUAGUUUAAAAAUGUCUCUGAUUAUUGAAAGAAUUAAUACUAAAUUAGGAAGAAAAAUAGCAUACUUGAUUGGAUUUAUUCAGGGUGCAUCAGCAUGUAUUUGGAUUUUUUUUGGAGAAGGACAAAGCUUUACAAAUUAUUUUAUUUAUCCAUGCUCAUUAUUGUUAGGUGCUGGUGGCUCGGUGAUGCUUGUCACAAGUCUUGGUAUAACUGCUGAUUUAAUUGGUAAAAAUACUCAGAGUGGAGCAUUUGUUUAUGGAGCCAUGAGUUUUACUGAUAAGAUGGCAAAUGGUGUGGCUAUUCUACUCAUUCAAUACCUACGAUGCCCAGCUGACUGUACAUUUUAUUAUCGUAAUGUUGUGAGUCUUGUUUGUGGUGGUUCUGCAGUGUUGGGUUUAAUCAUGAUUCUUUGUAUUAAAAAUAAUGAAUCGGACAAUCAAGAUACCUCAGAAUAUCGAGGUAUAGAAAGAGACACAACAUAUGAUUCUGAAAUAUCAACACCAACAUCAGCAAUUGGUGUUAAUUUCAAUUAAAAAAAUUUAAUUAUUUUUAUAAUAAAAUCUCAAACAUCACACUUGUUAAAAAAUUCAAUAUAAAUAAACAAAUAUUAUCUAAAUAAAAAAUAA